AUGGAAUACGUACCGCAUUUACGAAGAGCGGUGAAAGACUGUUCGGACAGAGGGUUGUAUUUUGCUUCGAAAUGGGCCUCAGAACUACUGUUAUCCAUCCCAGCUGAGAAGCGCAAUUCCAAAUCUGAGGGACAAACAAGCGCGAUAUCCAUGACAGAUGCAACUGCAGAAGCCACGGAAGUAGACCAAGAAGAAGAAGAAGAGCAAGAUAUCCUUGCCGCAGCUCGGACAUAUGCUGAAGCGAAGGAGUAUAUGCGAGCGUCUAAGUUACUACAUGAAUGCAAAAGUGCUCGAGGUAGAUUUAUGCGCUGGUAUUUUGACUUCCUGGCAGAAGAGAAGAGAGCUCUGAGAGACUGGCAUAACCUCGAUUAUGCUUUAUCACAGAAUACGAAGUCAUCGCUUGUUCCACACCAGCCAUCGACUCCAGUCAACAAAUACAUCCAAGAGUUAUUGGAGAUGGUUGCCGAUGAAACGGACCCGUGGCUCCUAUUCUUAAAGGCACUAUUUCUGAAGCGUCUAUCCCGGAAGGAAGAGGCCGUAGAGGCCGCUAUCCUCUCAAUUAAGGGUUAUCCAUGGAAUUGGUCUACCUGGUUACUUUUAGCCAAUUGUCUGGGUGAUCGAGAUGAGCUCGGAGCUAUCAUUUCUCUAAUAGAUUUACCACCCAAUCACCCAUUAAUUGAAUUCUUCAAGAUGAAAGUUAUUGUGGACCUUCAUGCCCCAGUCGAUGAGGAUCUCAGGACGAUCAAUCGACUCUUGAAGCCGGACUUCUUUCCUGAGAGUGCUUGGUUAAUGGGUUUACGGGCAGCCACACUGUACCAUUUGCAUGAUUUCCACCGCGCCGAGGUACAAUUCGACAUGAUAAUGAAGGUUGACCCAAUGCGAAUCGACGACAUUGAUAUCCUGUCAAACAUCCUCUACGUCGCGGAGAACAGGGUCAAGCUCUCAAAGCUUGCACAUCAUUACCUCAACAUCGACAAGGAUCGACCGGAGGUUUGUUGUAUGGUUGGUAAUCAUUAUUCGCUGCGAGGAGAGCCGGAACGCGCGAUUCAGUAUUUCCGACGAGCGACGGAGCUGGAUCAGUCGUAUUUACCUGCGUGGACGCUUAUGGGUCAUGAAUAUGUUGAGAUUAAGAACUCGCAUGCGGCUAUUGAAUCGUAUCGAAGAGCAAUUGAUGUCAACCGAAAAGACUACCGGGCAUGGUACGGUCUUGGACAGGCUUAUGAACUGCUCAAUAUGCAUCAAUAUUCCUUGCAUUAUUACCAACGAGCAACUGCUUUACGACCUUACGACGUACGAAUAUGGCAGGCGCAAGGAAUGUGCUAUGAAGAGAUGGGAAGACCACGAGAAGCUAUCGAAUGCCUCAAGCGUGCGUUACUCGGCGCAGAGGAUAACGAUGUCCAACUUUGCUCAAGACUAGCCAAACUAUACGACGAAAUUGAGGAUUACGCCUCCGCUGCAGAGUAUCAUCAACGAAUAAUCGAUACGUCUGAACGCGAGAACCGCCCCAUCUUCACAUACGCCAAAUCCCUCGUCUACGUCGCGCGUUACCACUUCGAAAAGGGAGGCGGAGACAUGGGGUUAGCGCAUGACUAUCUGGAACGCGUAGCGGAGAGUAAUGCGGAAGAGGUGAUGGUGGCGAAUGAGAUGUUGAAACGGAUGGCGAUUGUUGUGGAUAGGACGGCGGCGGGACAGGCGAAUGGGAAUGGAAAGGGAAAUGGGUCGGGUGUGACAGUCGGUGAAGGUAAAAACGGUAGUGGUAAUAAUGGAGGUAAUAAUGAUGGUGGUGGUGGUAUGUCUGAGGGAUCGGCUUCUGGACCUGGAGCAAAAUCUGGUGAGAGUGCUGGUCCGCACGCAUCUGCACCGACGGGUCCUUCAAGCUCAUGA